AUGGCGGAAAAAUUGAAAUGUUGCAAUCCGGAUGUAUGUAAGCAGCUAUUAGAGGAGAAUGUACCAGAUAAGAAGAAACAAACUCUUGAACGACAAGUACAUGUAGAAGUGCCGUCUCAGAUAACAACUUUUGCCAACAUCUACUUUAAUCGUAAUGCUGGCAGGGUCAAAGGAUUUGCGGAAAAAUGUCUGCAAUCGCCAUGGUCCCUUACUAUGCAUAGCCGGCAUUUUCCGCAAUCGCGAGCCUUACCCAUCGCUCGUUUUUGA